UAUUCGAAAUAUCGAUCCGUCGUACCUACCGUACAAUUUUAUUUUACAAAUAUGUAUAGAACACUAAUAAUUUUAUCUACAUAGUAAAUUAUAGUCUUCUUUCCCGAAUGUAUAAUUUUUCUAAUAAUAGGUUUUACGCCGUAGUUCUGAAUGCGUCAUGAAUAUAUAAUCCAUGUCUUAUGAUAAAAAUAAAAUGAUAUUAUAGAGUUGAACAUAAAUGUUCCGCAAUCUUAUCCGGAAAAUUUUCGAAAAUUACAAAAACCGAAUAUGUCACUCGAUACUUGGAAUUCAGGAACGAGUUAUGAACUUACGAUUUAUAAAAUAAUUAUGUGGCCUUUAGGAAUUUGGCCACUGAAUCGCGGUGAAUUGUUUUCUGAUAUUCGUCUUUUUUUAGCGGCAAUCACACAAGCGUCUACAUGUAUUUGUCUUCAUAUAGAAAUGUGGCUGAACUGUCAGGGUCUAGAAGAUAUUUUAGACAUUUUCGUCCUCAGUGUUUUUGCCCUUCUCGCUUGCAUGAAAGGAAUAAUUGUACGUUAUCACCAAGAUAAACUUCAUUGCAAUGUCACAUCAGCUGUCAAUGAUUGGUUCACAUUAUCAUUGAAAGCCAACUUACGAAAUCGUAAAAUUAUGAUGGAACAUGCUCGUAUCGGUCGAAUAGUGUGUAUUUCUUUAAUGGCGCCCGCUUCUGGUGGUACACUUUCAUGGAUAGUAUUUGCAUUGCCACUUCCGAUGUUCAUUCCUGAAAAUAGCACUGAUGUUAUCAGAAAUUACCCUUUACAAACAGCGUGUACUUUUCAAUCUGUAACUCUGUCUGGAUAUUAUCACAUCAUUUUUAUCAUUCAAAUCUAUCAAUUGAUAGCUACAUGUCUGGGAAAUUGUGGAAAUGAUGUUUUCUUUUUCGGGCUUGGAAUGCACAUUUGUGGUCAGUUAGAAAUACUCAAGAAUGAGUUUCGAGAAUUAAAGACAACGAACAAUAAAUUAGAGGACCGAAAAAUUUUUCAGAAUGUCGUUCGCAGACACUCUCAUCUCAUGAGCUUAAUUUAUAAAUUAGAAAGUUCAUUCAACUUGGUUAUUCUAGCUCAGCUUAUUAUGAGCGGAAUAUUAAUCUGUAUUAUGGGUUUACAAGUCAUAAUAGCGUUGAAAACUGAAAACUUAUUCGCCGGAGUCAAAGCUUCUGUUGUGUUAUCUUCACUAAUGUCCCAAUUGUUUUUAUACAGCUAUGGAGGUGAUUACUUGACAUCUCAAUGUGAAGCUAUUGCUUUUGCAGCAUAUGAAAGUCCAUGGCACAAAAGUUCAGUGAAAAGAAUAAAAGACAUUCAAUUUAUUAUUCUUCGCGCAGAAAAACUGAUUUAUGUUACGGCGGGAAAAUUUUUUUACAUGACUUUAGGAACUUUUAUGGAUAUUAUUAAACUAUCAGUUUCUUAUAUGUCUGUUUUGAGAGUCGCAAUAGAUGUGUGA